AUGAGGGUCUUCAGCUCCCACCUCAGACAGCACCUGAAGGGUGUUGGGCCGCCGGCCUGCCCCGGCUGGAACCAGAGCCGGCUGACCGAGCCGGAGCCGCGCUCACCUGCUGCUGCCGCCGCCGCUCCGGAGGAUGCUCCAGCAGCCGGAGCCCUCACCUCACCUGCAGCGGUCUUAACGGCCGCCAGGGGGCUGGCGCGCAGCACGCCGGGUAAUGUAGUCCCCCUCCGCCCCCGGUGCCUGCCGGGAGUUGUAGUUCUCCGUGCCGGCGCUGCCGCGGAGCACGCUGGGAUGUGUAGUCGCGGCGCGGCGCAGGGCGGCCGGCGCCUCCCCUCAGCAGAACUACAGCUCCCGCGAGCCCCCGCGGCUGCCGGGAGCCGCGUUACCGGCGCCUCGAGUGGGCCCGGACGCGGCGGCGGGCGUCCCAGGUCGGUCAUGGCGGCAACGCCGCCGCCCUCCGCUCCGGGCGGUCCGGAGCCUCCCCCGACGCCGCUGCAGUACAGCCUGCUGCUGCAGCACCUGGUGGGGGAGAAGCGGCAGCCCCGCGCCUGGGACCCCGCCGCCCUCGGCGGCAUCCCCAGCCCGCCGAAGAGCGAGGAGCAGAAGAUGGUGGAACGGGCCAUGGAGAGCUGCGCCUUCAAGGCGGCGCUGGCCUGCGUGGGAGGAUUUGUUCUAGGAGGCGCAUUUGGUGUCUUCACAGCUGGCAUCGACACUAACGUUGGGUUUGAUCCCAAGGAUCCAUAUCGCACGCCAACCGCAAAAGAGGUUCUCAAAGAUAUGGGACAGCGAGGCAUAUCCUACGCAAAGAACUUCGCCAUUGUGGGCGCCAUGUUCUCCUGCACUGAAUGUGUGGUAGAAUCUUAUCGUGGAAAGUCGGACUGGAAGAAUAGUGUUAUUAGCGGCUGCAUCACAGGAGGAGCAAUCGGCUUCAGAGCUGGAUUGAAGGCAGGGGUUAUCGGCUGUGGUGGAUUUGCCGCUUUCUCCGCCGCAAUUGAUUACUAUCUACGGUAACAGUGGGAUCCCUUGGGAGCAAGUUUCCCUUUUGUUCCAGUGCUGCUGCUAAGAGCCUGCAUCACGGCAGAAGAACCACCAGGCUUACCUUUCCGCUGCCUUUGGAGUCCUGAUCAGUGCAAGCUGGAUGGUGUUGGCUGCUUUUCCUGAAUGACUAACAAUACUCUGGCUCUGAGCCCUGGCGUGCUGCUUCGGGCAGACUUGCGGGAGUAUGCAAGGAUGGAGCCAGGCGCAGUGAGCAGUAUCUCCAGGAUGGAUCAGCUGACUGUCAGUUUCCAGGAAACAAGCCUGGACUUUGAGCUUUUUCGAUCCUUUGGGUCUGAUUUUAAUUAAGUCUGUUGCUAGCAUCAAAAGAGGCAGGAGGACAAUCUUCAAAAAAGAAAUGCAGUGAUUUAGGUUACCGUGUAUCUGAACGUGCUGCAAGUGUUUAACAGUUACCGGUUUGCAGCUUGCUACUCUGUUGGGGAGAGGUAAGAUCCUGUGGAGAAAUAGUUUGUUCCAGGCUUUUCUUAAAAUACCAGCUGAAGACAAACCACCA